UUUUGUUCUCGACAAAAACCAUUUUUAUACCCAUUUUAUAUACCCCCUUUUUUGUUUAUUUAUCUCAUGGGCAGUAAUAGUAGAAGCAGGGCUGGCAGCACAAAGCCACUCAGAGAAUCUACAGUCAAGCAGGCACCCUCAGCUGUUGACAAGCAAAAUUUUACGCUAAGUGAGGAGGAAGAGAAUUUCAGUGGCACAGGUGCCUAUGUUGCCUUAAAAGAGUUAUAUAACGGAUAUAUCAUGUCUGAAGUUCAUGAUUAUAUAUCACUCGAAAAGGGGAUGCAUUGUCUCAAUAUAGGAUGUAAUUCUGGAGCCUUUUUAAUGGAUUACGCUCUUGAAUAUCCAAAUACAAAGUUUACAGGUGUUGAUCCAGUGCCAAUAUCCGAAGUAAUAACCGCAUUGCCAAAUGUGACAUUUAAACUUGAAAAUGUCGUAGACGGACUAAGCCUCCCCGACAGUAGUUUCGAUUAUAUUCAAGUACGCACAUAUGCCAAUACUUUGACCAGGAACGAAUGGCCCAUUGUACUCAAGGAGGUUUAUCGACUGUUAAAACCAGGUGGAUGUGUUGGCUUUUUGGAAUAUGAAAGCAGGGAAACAGGAAACGAAGACUGUGCAAAGGUUUUUAUUGCUUUGAGAAAUCUGAUGGAGAGUCUUAAUCAAGAACCUUGCGCUGGCCGUUUUCUAAAAGAUUGGGUGGUUAAUACAGGAUUAGAACAUAUUUUAACAGAAGAAACUAAUGUUGAUUGUGGACCUGACACGGGAAAGGCAAAAACCGUGAGAUGGUUUUGGGGUGAAUGUUGCACUUACAUAGGACCAAUGCUCGCCCCAUUUUUAAAAGUCAAAGCAGAAGAUUGGCAUGAUUUUGUUGCUGAUCACCUGAAAGAUAUGGAAAAAUAUCAUGGCCAUAUAACAAUAAUCAGAGUACUUGCUCGUAAACCCCUUAAAUAAUUUUGACAACAGCAUAAUUUCUAAAAUGAUAGAAGUAUUCCUUGUUUUAACUUUAUGUGUGGUGAUCUAUCAAUUUAAUAAAUCUCAUCACAGGUAUGCUCUUGUUGUAUAUCAAUUUUUUCAACGAAACUACACUCAUAGGACCCCAUU